UUUAUCGCCCUUACAGCAUUCAAGUUUGUCAAGGUAUUCGUCCAUACCAUCUCUUUCUAUCUUCUGACAAAACCAGCUAGACAACCACUCCAUCCCACCUUCUCUCCUCGAGACAUCACAGUAAUCGUCCCCACGGUAGGUGAACUCGAUGCCGAAUUCAUCGAAUGUAUUGAAUCGAUUCUCGCUAACCGCCCAAACAAAGUAAUCGUGGUCACCGUCGGCUUGGCCAAGUUCACAAAGGCACGAGAAGUCUGUUCCACUAUCGAUGCCCGACAUGGCAAUAAUGGAAAGGUGAGUGUGCUAGCGACAACGGAAGCUAACAAAAGAGCUCAGCUCCUCAGAGGGGUUCUAGAAGUCGACACACCGUUUAUAGUGUACUCAGAUGAUCAUGUGUUCUGGCCCACUACCUUCCUCAAGAGCAUCCUGGCACCAAUGGAAGACCCUCAAGUCGGAAUCGUCGGUACCAUCAAGCACGUCCGGCGUGAUCGCUCUGGUGGCUUUUGGGAAAGUUUCAUGAACUACAUCGCCUGCCUGUAUCUCGAGCGUCACAACUUUGAGUGCACAGCAACCUACAACCUGGACGGUGGCGUAUUCGUGAUUUCCGGCCGCACAGCCCUCGUCCGAACUUCGAUCAUGCAAGAUAUAGAUUUCCGCAAGGGAUAUCUUAGAGAGAUGUGGUUCUGGGGCACCGUGGGUCCGAUGAAGGUAGAUGACGAUAACUACAUAACGCGCUGGAUGGUCAAUCACGGAUGGAAGACCGUAUUCCAUAAUGCUCCUGAUGCGAUUAUGGAAACGUCACUAGGAACCACAGGAGGAGUUGAGAAAUUCCGCGGACAGCUCAUAAGAUGGGUGCGAACGACAUGGCGUUCCAACUCUACCUCACUGUUUGCCGAACGAAACUGCUGGUCAGUACACCCCUGGACGACUUACGCAAUGUUCAUCUCGUCCUUCGUCAACAUUGCAAUCAUCUACGAUCCACUACUCAUCUACACGCUCUAUCGCUCUGGAUACACGCAAUACAUGUGUACGUUACUCCUUGCAAUCCUGGUCUCCAAACUCAUCAAACCAAUAGAGCAUAUGCGACGAGAGCCGCAAGAUCUUUGGGUCAUGCUCCCACUAGGUCUCCUAUUUGGAUACGUGCACAGCCUAUUCAAGAUCUGGGCUUUCUUCACGGCGCGCAAUAUUGGUUGGAGUGGCCGA